AUGGUGCGCAAAGCAUCACGGAAGAUGAAGUCUCGGCUGCAAUGGCGCUCAUGCUGCAGAGCCCUGACGCCCCUGACUCCAGCCCUGUGCCCUGCCUGCCGGCAGCCCCGGGGGUCGCUCCCAGCGCUCCCAGAGCCCUCCCGGCGCAUUCCCGGCGCCCCGGGAGGCUCCAGGAGCAGGGAGGGGCCGCUGGCUGCGCCCAUUCCCCCCAGCCCGGCCAAGGAGCCGCUUCCUGACCGGAGCGCUUCCACUUUCAGUUUCCAGGGCUUUACGGGAAAUCAGUGUAAAGCCGAGAAAGGUUUUGCUGCGGCGGGGAGGAGCCCGUGCGGGGGGAACGGGAGCGGGCAGGCCGAGCUGUGCCCGCUUUGGAAGCGGGGCUCGCACCCCAGCGCGGAGCUGCUUCUGCCCAGCCCUGCCCCAGCCACGGUGUGUGCUGUCUCUAUGGCUCUGAAAGGUGAAGGAAAUAUGUUCAAAGCAUCAGCUGUGGCGUUUGCUUUCCAUAUGGCUGGGAAAGGUGCAGAAAUGAUAUACAAUGAAUUCAGAAGGAGAGAGAGGGAGAAAACCAACAAGGUCCUGGAAUCCAUGAUGAACGAGGCCUUCCAGGACUUCAGCAAUAAAAUAAAAGCUCUGCAUGAAGAUUUCAAAACAUUAGAGGAGUCCACAAAGCAUGAGGUGCAAAUAAUCGGAGCAGAGCUAAGGGGGAAUGAGGAAGGAAAAAUCCACCCACAGGAGAGCCCUGAGCAGAGACCCUCUCUGGUCUCCUGCUCACGGAGGAAAUAUCAGUGA